GGCAGAAGGUGAGAAGUGUCAAAUGAGUUAAAGGAGGCAGAGAAAUGAAAUAAUAUUCUCUGCAGGUAAGACAGAAGAAGAUACAGCUCCAGGAAAGAUUCUAGACGGAUCCAGAGGCUACAUGCCGUCAGUGUUCGGAGUAAAAACUAAGCAGAGAUUGCGAUGUUCAUGAACUUCCGCCGUAUCCACAAGUGCCAGUGUGUGCAGCUGAUCACCACAGGCCUGGUGUUGUGUGUGGUGAUGGCCUGCUGGGAGGAGCUGGAUCACCACGUGGUCAGCCACAUGAGAUCCUACACGUACCGCUACCUGGUCAACAGCUACGACUUCCUCAACUCUUCCUUCGCCAUCACCUCCAACCAAAAGGACGGUUCUAACGGUGCGGACGGCGGGUUAGGAAGCCACUCGUACCUCAUCAACCACCCGGGUAAAUGUGGAGGCGGCGGAGAAGACGGCGAGGACGUCCUUCUGCUUCUGUUUGUCAAAUCAUCACCGGAGAACUUUGAGCGCCGCCAGGCCAUCAGGGACACGUGGGGGAACGAGAGCUUUGUUCGGUCGGAGCUCGGAGCGAGCGUGAGGCUGGUGUUCGCCCUCGGCGUGCACCCAGACGUCAGGCAAAGAUCCAGGGUGCAGAGAGCGCUGCUGCAGGAGGACCAGGUCUACAGAGACCUGAUCCAGCAGAACUUUUUGGACACUUUCCACAACCUGACCACCAAACUGAUCCUGCAGUUCCACUGGAGCCACGAGUACUGCCCUCAGGCGAACUUUCUCAUGUCUGCGGACGAUGACAUUUUCGUUCACAUGCCCAAUUUGGUGAAGUACCUGCGGCAGCUCCUGGGUACACAAUCGGGGGCUAAAGACCUGUGGGUGGGGCACGUGCACAGAGGAGCCCCUCCAAUUCGCCGUAAAGACAGCAAAUACCACGUUCCCUAUGAUCUGUACCCCUGGCCUUCUUACCCGGACUACACAGCUGGAGCGGGGUAUGUGGUGUCAGGGGAUGUGGCCGCUAAGAUCUACCACGCCACUCUGGUGCUGAACUCCUCCAUGUACAUAGACGACGUCUUCAUGGGGUUUUGUGCCAAGGCCACCGGAGUCUCUCCUCAGGAGCAUGUGUACUUUUCAGGGGAGGGCAAGGCUCCGUACCAUCCCUGCAUCUAUUACCACAUGAUCACAUCACACGGUCACGCUACAGACGUGCGCUCGCUAUGGAAGGCAGCAACAGACCCCAGAUUGUUCAGACACUCUAGAGGAUUUAUGGGAAAUCUGUACUGCACGGUAAUGAGAGUCAUGCUGCUGUGUCUGCCGUAUCACCAGAACACAUACUCCUGCAUGGCUGCUUUUACAUAAAGGGUCAUCAAAGGUUGCAGGAACUCAUGAAUGCUAAGACAAACAAAUGAUGGGACCUCACACAAACAGUCUGCCAUGUUUUUCUCUCAUGUUAUAGUUCACUGUGUGCUGGCCAAACGAUGUAUUUGCUCUCUUCUUGUAAUAAAUACCACAGAUGUCUGUUAAGCAAACAAGUGCACUAAUUUGUUCUUCAGUCAUCAGGAGGAUCAUGUUUCACUUUGUUUAAAGUGGCUGUACGUGUUAUUCAGAGCAUAUCGAUUGUCUCUUGACAGGACAGAGCUAACAGUGUGACCUGAGGGUGACACUCUGUAGGUCAGGAAGGUGUUAUCAGCAAUAAACGCCGUAUG